ACCUUGAUGCUUCAUGUCUUGAGAGUUGAGACUACACUAGGCAUAAAUCCUAGUAGAAGGCUAGAACCCUCUUCUUUUUUUCUAUUAGCUCUGCCUCUCUCUCUCUCUCUCUCUGAAUGGCGAAUAAUAACAUAACAGCAGGUGCAGGGGGAGGAGUAGAGUGGCAUCAGAGGCCAGCGAACCCUAAAAACCCAAUUGUAUUCUUCGAUAUUACCAUUGGUUCUAUCCCUGCUGGUCGUAUUAAGAUGGAACUCUUUGCUGACAUCGCUCCCAAAACCGCUGAAAACUUCAGGCAAUUCUGCACUGGCGAGUACAGGAAAGCAGGAUUACCUGUUGGUUACAAGAAUUGCCAGUUUCAUAGGGUGAUCAAGGAAUUUAUGAUUCAAGCUGGCGACUUUCUUAAGGGUGAUGGCAGUGGAUGUGUAUCAAUAUAUGGAAGUAAAUUUGAUGACGAGAAUUUCAUUGCCAAGCACACUGGACCUGGUCUGUUGUCAAUGGCAAAUAGUGGACCGAAUGCUAAUGGUUGUCAGUUUUUCAUCACUUGUGCCAAGUGUGAUUGGCUUGACAACAAGCAUGUCGUCUUUGGGCGAGUACUAGGAGAUGGCUUGCUAGUUGUCAGGAAGAUUGAGAAUGUUGCUACAGGUCAGCAAAAUCGCCCCAAGUUGCCCUGUAUCAUUGCAGAGUGUGGAGAGAUGUAAAGCAAGAGCGGUCAUCUCAAAGCCGCUUUUGUAUGAUGAUAAUUUAUAACAUUUAGUUAUGUACCUUUAUGUGAUGUACAUUUGUUUUGCUUCAGUUGAUAUGUUAACCGAGUCAAGAAUUUGUGUUUUAACUGCAAGUAGUCUAACUUUUGAGUGUCGGACAUGGCAUUAACUUGAUUAGCCACAAAAAUUGGACGAGCAGUUCCUGAACACAGUCUGCAUGCUGCAUCCUCAUUUGCAUGUAACAUUCCAAUUAUGAGCUAUUUGGUCGAGUGAA